AUGAGAGUGCCCUUUUGCGGAGACUGGGACUUGGUGAAAACCCUGGGAAAAGGUACCUAUGGAAAAGUUCAGCUUGUUGUGAAUAGAGCAACUAAACAGGCAGUUGCAGUGAAGAUUUUAGACAUGAAACGGGCCAGGAACUCUCCGGAAAAUAUUAAGAAAGAAAUCUGCAUUAAUCAAAUGUUAAACCAUGAGAAUGUUUUGAAAUUCUAUGGUCACAGGAGAGAAGGCAAUAUGCGAUAUCUAUUCUUGGAAUACUGUAGUGGUGGAGACCUUUUUGAUAGAAUACAGCCAGAUAUAGGCAUGCCUGAGGAAGAUGCUCAGAGGUUCUUCCAUCAACUCAUGGCAGGGCUGUUUUAUCUGCAUGGUAUUGGAAUAGCUCAUAGAGAUAUUAAGCCAGAAAAUCUCCUCUUGGACAAAAGGGAUAACCUCAAAAUCUGUGACUUUGGCUUGGCCACAGUAUUUCGCCAUAAGAAUUGUGAGCGUUUCUUGACAAACAUGUGUGGUACUUUACCUUAUGUGGCUCCAGAACUUCUGAAGAGGGAAGAAUGUCAUGCAGAACCAGUUGAUGUUUGGUCCUGUGGCAUAGUUCUUACUGCAAUGUUGGCUGGAGACUUACCAUGGGAAGAGCCCAGUGACAGUUGUCCAGAAUAUUGUGAUUGGAAAGAAAAGAAAACAUAUCUCAAGCCCUGGAAAAAAAUUGAUUCUGCUCCUCUGGCUCUGAUUCAGAAAAUCCUAGUGGAGAAUCCAACAGCAAGAAUUACCAUCCAGGACAUCCAAAAGGAUAGAUGGUACAACAAGUCAUUUAUGAAAGGGGCAGCGGGAUUGUCAAGAUAG